AUGAUGGCUACCAUGGCUGCUGGUGGUCCGGGGGACCCACAUACACAAAUGAAUACUUAUCGUAGUUAUGUGACAAUGUUAGCGGAUCCUGGAGCAAAAGACGAAAUUAAAUUAAAAGCAGCCCAGGAACUCAGCGAAAACUUUGAGGUAAUAUUGAGUUCCCCUCAAUAUCCACAGUUCUUGGAUCAUUCUCUUAAAAUAUUUUUAAAGAUAUUACAAGAAGGUGAACCACAUUUUAUAGCAGAAUAUAAUAUACAGCAAGUAAGGAAACUUAUACUAGAAAUGAUCCAUCGUCUACCAAUAAGUGAAACACUAAGACCCUACGUCAAAAGUAUACUAAUAUUAAUGUUGAAGCUAAUGGAAAUUGAAAAUGAGGAAAAUGUACUAGUUUGCUUAAAGAUUUUUAUGGAGCUUCACAAACAAUAUAGACCAGCCUACAGCACUGACGUUGAUAUUCACAAGUUCCUGCAAUGGGUUAAAGGAAUAUAUUCUGACUUGCCAAAUCAUUUGCCAAAAAUAUUUGAGCCAAAACCAACCAUCCGAGUAAAAGACCUGUCAGAAGUUAAUAUUGACCAACUGCUCCAAGAAACAUAUACAACUACACCAAUACAUACUGAGAAAAAACUUUUAGAUGGAAGUGUUGUAACUUACAAUCUUAUUCCAAGAUCUGUGUUAUCUUUGAAAGUUAUCCAAGAGCUACCAAUCAUAGUUGUAUUAAUGUAUCAACUUUAUAAACAAAAUGUACAUCAGGAAGUUAGUAACUUCAUUCCACUUAUAAUGGAAACUAUUACAUUACAACCAGCAGCAACACAUAGGCAAUCUGCAUCGUUCAACAAAGAAGUGUUUGUUGAUUUUAUGGGUGCACAAAUAAAAACGCUGGCAUUUUUGGCCUACAUUAUUAGAAUCUACCAAGAUACUAUUGCCAAUCAUGCUAAUUUGAUGGUUAAGGGUAUAAUAGGACUCCUCACGCUCUGCCCACCUGAAGUGGCGCAUCUAAGAAAGGAAUUGGUUAUAGCCACGCGACACAUUCUAGCUACUGAUUUGAGGCUAAAAUUUGUUCCCUACAUGGAGCGUCUCUUCGAUGAAGAAGUAUUACUUGGUGGUGGUUGGACUGUGCACGAGUCGCUGCGUCCGCUCGCUUACUCUACCUUAGCCGACCUGGUCCAUCAUGUACGACAACACCUACCCUUGACGGAUUUGGCCAUUGCUGCUCAUUUGUUUUCCAAAAAUGUACAUGACGAAUCUUUACCAACCAGUAUCCAGACAAUGUCAUGCAAGUUGCUCCUGAACCUGGUGGACUGCAUCCGCCAGCGAUCCGAGAGCGAGGCGGGCGCGCCGCAGGGUCGCCACCUCCUCAUGCGCAUACUGGAAGUGUUUGUGCUCAAGUUCAAGACCAUAUCCAAGCUGCAGCUACCUGCCCUUAUCGCUAAAUGCAAGCAAGCAACGCCAACUAUACCAAAUGGCGCGAACGGCGUUGCCGGCGCCAUCACUGCGGGGACGCCAUCAUCUGAACCCGCCACCCCGAGCACACCCACAACACCAGCACCCAGUACUUCCACACCAGAAAUCAAGGUUGAGGAAGAGAAAACGACUCCAGAUUUCUUGGAUAGUAUAAAUAAAGCCGAAGAGAAGUCGAAGAUUGGUUUUCCUACGUCGCAAAUGAAUAAUCUCAACGUAGGAGACUAUAGGACACUUGUUAAAACCCUAGUUUGUGGUGUUAAGACUAUAACAUGGGGCUGUGCUUCUUGUAAAACGACCACAAACACUGAAGGAACAUCAACAACAGCAAUAACAAGUCAAAAGCAAUUCAGUGCUCGAGAGACACUAGUUUUCAUCAGGCUAGUUCGUUGGGGACUGCAGUCCCUGGACAUAUACACCCUCGCAGCGCCCCGGGCGUCGGCGCAGCCGCCCGCGCAGCCGCAUGUACGCUCCAAGGAGGAGAAAGAAGUGCUUGAACAUUUUAGUGGAGUGUUUUCAAUGAUGAAUCCCCAAACUUUUCAAGAAAUCUUCACUGCAACUAUAUCUCAUAUGGUUGAAAGGAUAAAUAAAAAUCCCACAUUGCAAAUAAUUGCCAACACAUUUCUGUCUAACCCCGCAACUUCCCCAAUAUUCGCUACCGUACUCGUGGAAUAUCUGCUGAAACGUAUGGAGGAAAUGGGAACUAACUUGGAAAGGUCUAACUUAUAUCUCCGGCUUUUUAAAUUAGUUUUUGGAUCGGUUAGUUUGUUCCCUACUGAGAACGAGCAGAUGCUUCGGCCACACUUACAUAGCAUCGUCAACAAGGCGAUGGAUUACGCAAUGACUGCGAAAGAGCCCUACAACUACUUCUUAUUGUUGCGAGCUCUAUUCCGCUCUAUCGGGGGCGGCAGUCACGACUUACUAUAUCAGGAAUUUUUGCCUUUACUGCCCAACCUAUUAGAAGGAUUAAAUCGGCUUCAGAGUGGUCUUCACAAACAGCACAUGAAAGAUCUUUUUGUUGAGUUGUGCCUAACCGUACCCGUGAGAUUGAGCAGUCUAUUGCCUUAUUUACCGAUGCUAAUGGAUCCUUUGGUGUCGGCACUUAACGGAUCCCAUACAUUGAUAUCACAAGGGUUGCGUACUUUGGAGCUCUGCGUGGAUAAUUUGCAACCGGAUUUCUUGUACGAGCACAUCCAGCCGGUCAGAGCCGAUCUUAUGCAAGCUCUAUGGCGGACAUUGCAGAAUAAUGAGGUUGCAAGGAUAGCAUUCAGAGUCCUUGGGAAAUUCGGUGGAGGGAAUAGAAAAAUGAUGAUAGAACCCCAAAGAUUGGAAUACCGUGAGACGGACGCUCCUCCGCCCGCAGUUCAGGCUUAUUUCCAAGACCAACCUAAGCCUAUAGAUUUUGAAGUAGAUAAAGUAAUAGAAACCGCAUUUGCAGCUCUGAAAUCGAGCACAACUGAUCCAUUCUACCGACGUCAAUGUUGGGAAGUUCUUCGGUGCUAUUUAGCGGCAUCACUUAAUUUAGAUGACGAUAAAGCCACUCUACAAAAGUUAUUCAAUCAUCCCAGUUUUCUGGAAGGAAAGAUUCCAGCUCAAAGUGGUCCCUAUUACAAAUGUAGCAAUAGCAUAGUCAGGAACACUCAUUGUACGGCGCUAACAGGGAUGUUCGUGGCUGCAGCUAUCAAAGAACUACGCCAUCACGUUUUACAAACAAUGGUAUCACUGGUUCGUCAUUAUACUUUGGUGGCUAUCGCUCAAGAGGCCGGGCCUUUCGCUGGUUCAGGAGGUCCGAAGGAAGGCCUUGAUGCAUUAGUGCUUGUUGAUGCAAUCGCUGUAGUGAUGGGACACGAAGAGAAGGAAUUAUGCAAGCCGGGUCAUUUGGCUCUAGUACUAAUGAUAGAAACUGCGGCAACCGUCCUGGGGAGUAAGGAACGCGCUUGCCGGCUUCCUCUGAUGGAAUACUUAGCAGAACGAAUGUCCGCCUUGUGCUAUGAAAGAGCCUGGUACGCUAAACUGGGAGGAUGUAUCGCUGUCAAAUUUAUGUUCGAAAAGAUGGCACCCGAAUGGGUUUAUAAACACGUUUUCACAUUUUUAAAGGCUGUCUUAUUCGUAAUGAUGGAUCUAACGGGUGAAGUGUCGUCAGGUGCUAUUGAUAUGGCUACCAUGAACUUGGAGCGCUUAGUGCGUGUGUGCGUCACCGGGCCCGGUGGGCAGGGCGUGGAACCCGAAGGAGAUGUAGCGGCAGCUAAGGCUCGCGCCUUACAUGACGUGUUGCAAGAACUCGUCUUGCAAGUGACAAGUCCACAUCUUCUAGUUAGACAACAGGCAAUGAAAUCAUUGAAAUUAAUUGCGGAAUUACAAAAUAAAUCUGUCACGGAGGUAAUGGAUCCUCAUAGAGAGGUGUUAGCUGACAUAAUUCCUCCAAAAAAACAUCUGCUUCGCCACCAACCAGCGAACGCGCAGAUGGGCCUUAUGGAUGGAACCACCUUCUGUACUACACUGAAUCCGAGAUUAUUCACAAUAGACCUAAAUAUAAACGAGCACAAGGUGUUCUUCCGUGAGCUGCUAUCGCUGUGCGAGGCGGAGGACGCCAUGCUGGGCAAGCUGCCGUGUUACAAGGGCGUGAACCUGGUGCCGCUGCGCGCGUCCGCCCUGCGCGCGCUCGCCGCCUGCCACUACAUACAGGAGAAGCAUUGCAGAGAGAAAAUAUUCCAAGUGCUAUAUAAGUCGUUAGAGAAGAACGAUCAGGAAUUGCAGCAGGCGGGAUUCGAAUGUAUGCGUAAAUUUAUAUUAGGAUUUCAAAUUGAUAUGGAUAUGGUUCACCCGGUGAUGAGACCUUUGUUACUUACCCUCGGGGACCAUCGUAACCUCAGCGUGAACGGAGCGAAGCGACUCUCAUAUUUGACUCAACUGUUCCCGUCUACUUUUAGCGAGAAGCUUUGUGAACAAUUGUUACAGUUGUUAAAGAAACUUCUGGAUUAUUCUAUUCAAACAAAUAGAGGAGGCAAUUUUCUCCAAAGUGUAUCAAAGAAUAUGGAAAAUGAACAAAAAAUUAUCAUACUCAUUGGCAUUUUCCACCAAAUCCCUGCCGCUUCCCCGCGCUUUAUCGACGUUCUCUGUCGUUUGAUAUUCCACACAGAAAAGUCGCUUAUGAUUGAAGCCGGAUCUCCGUUUAGGGAACCUCUUGUGAAAUUCCUCUUAAGGUACCCAAAAGAAACACUAGACCUGAUAAUGAGCGACAACAACAUAAAGGAUCAACAGUGGAGCCGUUUCCUGGUGUACCUGGUGAAGCACCCCGAGGCGGGGCCCGCGUUCAGGGAGGCUCUGCAGACGUCCAAGAAGCCCCGGCUAAUGCAGUUGCUGGCGGCCGGCAGCAGCGCUACACUACCGGCGCCGGACAAGGCGGAGAUGCAGUUCCAAGCUAUACGAGUCAUCUCCCUGCUCAUAAAGUUUGACGACCAAUGGCUGUCCACUCAGCACGAUCUUAUUGAACUGCUGAAGAGGAUUUGGUGCAGUGAUAAGUAUCAUGAAGUUCACAAGAAAGUGGAGAAUGUCGAUUGUACACACUGGAAAGAGCCAAAGUUAAUAGUUAAGAUUCUAUUGCGGUACUUCUGCCACCAUCCUUCGAACAUUGAUUUAUUGUUUCAAUUGCUACGUGCAUUAUGUGAUAGGUUUAUACCUGACUUCCAAUUUCUACGCGAUUUUCUCGAGAAUACAGUAGCACAAAAUUACACGGUAGAAUGGAAACGCUCAGCGUUCUUCCGCUUUGUGGAACAUUUUGCAAGUGAUGCGAUGUCUCAAGAACUCAAAGCUAAAGUGCUACAAAUGAUACUUAUACCGUGCUUCGCUGUCAGCUUUGAGAAGGGACAAAAGAUUGUUGGAGGUCCUCCUGCACCCUAUCAGGAUAAUCCGGACAAUGUUGUCUCAGUCUUUAUAAAUAAUGUAAUAGAUCCAGAGAACCCGUUCGCGUGCUCGGACGCGGUGCGUAUCUCGCUGCUGCAGUUCGCGUGCCUGCUGCUGGAGCAGGCGUCGGCGCACAUACACGACGCCAACAACAAGAAGCAGGGCAACAAGCUCAGGCGCCUCAUGACCUUCGCCUGGCCCUGUCUCUUGGGCAAGAACUACGUUGAUCCCGCUACUAGAUACCAUGGACAUCUGUUGCUCAGUCACAUCAUUGCCAAAUUUGCUAUUCACAAGCGCAUCGUUCUUCAAGUGUUCCACAGCCUGCUGAAGGCGCACGCGGUGGAGGCGCGCGCGGUGGUGCGCGCCGCGCUGGAGAUCCUCACGCCGGCCAUGCCGCAGCGCAUGGAGGACGGCAACACCAUGCUCACGCACUGGACCAAGAAGAUCAUCGUGGAGGACGGACACUCGGUGCAGCAGCUCUUCCAUAUAUUGCAGCUCGUUGUUAGGCAUUACAAGGUGUACUACCCGGUGCGGCACGCGCUGGUGGGGCACAUGGUGGCGGCCAUGCAGCGCCUGGGCUUCUCCGCCACGGCGUCGCUGGAGCACCGCCGCCUGGCCGUGGACCUGGCCGAGGUGGCGCUCAAGUGGGACCUGCAGCGCAUACGCGACCACGCGCCCACUGAUACUGUUGUGGCGACGUCUCCAAGCGGCGCUAUGAAGCGUAUAUCGUCAGACGACAGCGGCAACGAGGCCCGCAAGGCUCUGAACACGGGCUGGGCGAGCCCGCAGGCCAGCGUGUCGCGCCUCGAGCCCGACGCCGCCAAGCCGCUGGACCGCCAGCACGUGGAUGUUGUCGUCAACCUGCUGCUCCGACUCGCUUGUCAGAUACUGCAAGUGAACGAGGGCGGCGUGGGCGGCGCGGCGGCGGGCGGCGCGACGGGCGCGGGCGCGGGCUCGCCGGGCGAGCAGCUGUCGCGCCGCUGCGUGCUGCUGCUGCGCGCCGCGCUCAAGCCCGACGUGUGGCCGCAUCUGUGCGAGCCCAAGCUGGCAUGGCUUGAUAAGGUAUUUUCAACGGCGGACACGAACGCAGCCGCGUGCGCCAACGCGUGCACUGCGCUGGAGCUGCUGGUGUUCCUGCUGGGCGUGCUGCGGCGCGAGCAGAUCCUGGCCGCGCUGAAGCCGCUGCAGCGCGGGCUGGCGGCCUGCGUCGCCUCCACCAACGCCAGGAUCGUACGCUUGACUCACAACCUCCUUGCUAAGUUAACUGCACUAUUCCCUACUGAGCCAUCGGGAGCUGCCCAAGCAUCUAAGUACGAAGAGCUAGAAACAUUGUACGCGUCCGUCAGUAAAUACGCGUUCGAAGGUCUAGCAGCGUACGAGAAGUCGGCAGGCGGCGGCGCGGCGGGCGGCGGCGCCGGCGCGCUGCUGGGCCCGCUGAUGAUGCUGAAGGCGUGCUGCGCGUCCAGCGCCGGCUACGUGGACCGCCUGCUGCUGCCGCUCAUGCGCGUGCUGCAGCGCAUGACGCGCGACCACGUGGCGCCUAACCCUGACGCCGCCACCUCCGAUCUGUUGAUAUUAGCAUUGGAUCUUCUUAAAGCAAGAGUGUCAGUAAUGCCAGUGGAAACUAGGAAGACUUUCAUAGGAACAAUACUUGUAGGGCUCAUUGAGAAAACGAAUGACGCGAAGGUUAUGAAAGCGAUCACACGUAUGGUGGAAGAGUGGGUAAAAUGGAAGGGUGCGGCGGCGGGAGCGGCGCCAUCUUUACGCGAGAAAUCUAUUCUUUUGGUUAAACUCAUGCAAUAUGUGGAAAAACGCUUCCCUGAUGACCUGGAAUUGAAUGCACACUUCCUUGAUCUUAUUAAUUUUGUGUACAGAGAUGAACAUCUAAAAAUGACGGAACUCUCGAUGAAGUUAGAGCCCGCUUUCCUUGCGGGCCUGCGCUGUCCGCAGCCUCUGAUUCGUGCCAAGUUCUUUGAAGUGUAUGACGGCAGUGUGCGGCGUAGGAUAUUCGAUAGAUUGCUUUACAUCAUUUGCUCGCAAAAUUGGGAACAUAUCGGACAGCAUUUCUGGAUUAAGCAGUGUUUGGAAUUACUGCUUGUUACUUGUGUUUCUAGUACACAAAUCCGAUUGUCAAAUUCGAAGUAUUUACUUCCAAAUAUAGCGGCUGUUAUUAAUACUGCCGACGUAGAAGAGAAAAAAUCGUUUAUUAUGUUCAGCAAUGUGAAAGAAGAAUCGGCGGAUAGCGCUAGUGACUCUCUCGACCCCGAUAAAGAAGAUGUAUUAGAUAUGGAUUUGGACUCAAGCUCUAACACAAAAGAUGAUUUGACUAAAAAUGUGCCAAACAGACAAAAAGCUCUCAGCCAGAUCGUGGCCAAGCAGUCGGAGUUCUUGGAACUGGCGCGGCGCGUGCGCACCGAGCAGCUGGUGGCGGCGGCGGCGCAGCUCGCGCACAUGGACGACGCGCUCGCGCACCACACCUGGCUGCGCCUCUUCCCAGCCAUAUGGAGCUCCUUCGAUGAGAGGCAACUUGCGACAAUCAUGAACGAAAUAGUACCAUUCAUAAUAUCAGGUGUACAUGUAAUUCAACGAGAUCAACCCUUAAGUGCGCUUAAUACAUUCAUUGAAGCACUCGCUCGAUGCAACCCCCCUGUAUCUAUCAAACCACCUAUGAUGAAAUAUCUCGGCAAGACCCACAAUUUGUGGCAUCGUAUGACACUUAAUUUGGAGCAAAUGGCCAUAGAUCAAGCGAGCAACCGAACCAAUCGCGAAGCUCUAGAAAUUUAUGACUACGAUGUUGAUACGCCUACACCUACGGAAGUGCUAGAUUCUCUGAGUGACAUGUAUGAAUUACUACAAGAGGAGGACAUGUGGUCUGGUCUGUGGCAGAAACACGCUCGAUACCGCGAGACGAACGUCGCCAUUGCUUAUGAGCAGCAGGGCUUCUUCGAGCAGGCUCAGGCCGCGUACGACGUCGCUAUGGCUAAACUAAAACAAGAAUAUUCCGCAAACCCGUCGUCUUACACAAUGCACAAGGAGUGCACUCUGUGGACUCAACACUGGAUCAAGUGCGCCAAAGAGCUCAACCAGUGGGACUCCCUGCUAGAGCUGGGCUUGACCAGGAGUGUGAGGGACCCUUUCUUGAUACUAGAGAGUUCGUGGAGAAAUCCCAACUGGCCGACUAUGAAGGAUGCGCUCGCUGAAGUCGAGUACAAUUGUCCAAAGGAGCUAGCAUGGCUCGUGAACCUGUACCGCGGCUACCUGUGCAUCUGCGCGGGCGGCGAGCAGCAGCUGAGCGGCGUGGAGCGGCACGCGGAGGCGGCGGCGGCGCAGUGCCUGCGCGAGUGGCGCCGCCUGCCGCGCCUCGUGUCGCACGCGCACCUGCCGCUGUUGCGCGCCGCGCAGCAGCUCAUGGAGCUCAGUGAGGCUGCGCAGAUACAUACGGGUCUCCUGCACAGCCGGCCCACGUCGCUGCACGACAUGAAGGCCAUAGUGAAGACGUGGCGCAACCGGCUGCCCGUGGUGGCGGACCCGCUGUCGCACUGGGGCGCCAUCUUCACGUGGCGCCAGCACCACUACCAGUUCAUCGCCUCGCACUACGACUCGCAGACCGACCACGGCUCCAACCACAGCAUGCUCGGCGUGCACGCCAGCGCGCAAGCAAUCAUACAUUUUGCAAAGAUAGCGAGGAAACACAAUCUAUCUGGAGUGUGUCUGGAUUCCCUACACAGAAUAUACACAAUCCCGAGUGUGCCCAUAGUGGAUUGUUUCCAAAAAAUCCGCCAGCAAGUGAAAUGUCACAUUCAGAUGUCCUGGACGGAAGGUAAAGACGAAUUGCAGGAGGGUUUAGAUAUGAUAGAGUCGACCAACUUUAAAUACUUCACUAAGGAAAUGACAGCAGAAUUUUAUGCGUUCAAAGGAUUGUUAUUAGCUCAAUUGGGACGCUCCGAAGAUGCUAAUAAGGCUUUUGCUGCGGCAGUUCAGCUACACGAUACUCUAGUCAAGGCCUGGGCCCUAUGGGGUGACUACUUGGAGCAAAUAUUCAUUAGGGAACCGAGGCAGACUCAAGUUGGAGUGUCAGCUAUGACCUGCUUCUUACACGCUUGUAGACACCAGAAUGAGUCGAAGUCUCGCAAGUAUUGUGCUAAGGUACUAUGGAUGCUAAGUUUCGACGACGAGAAGAACAGCCUAGCGGAGGCUCUGGACAAGUACUCCGUGGGCGUGCCGCCCGUGCAGUGGCUGCCGUGGAUCCCGCAGCUGCUGGCCUGCCUCGUGCAGUACGACGGCAACGUCAUACUCAACCUACUCAGCCAUGUGGGUCGCCUGUACCCGCAAGCGGUGUACUUCCCGAUCCGCACGCUGUACCUGACGCUGAAGAUUGAGCAACGCGAGCGGCACAAGAGCGCCGAGAGCCUCGCCGCGCACCUACCCGCCACCUCCACCGCGGGCACUUCCGGAGUGAAAGCAGGUGAAGGGUCGACGACCCCCGGCGGCGGCGCGGGCGGCGAGGCCGGCCCCAUCAAGGCCACGCUGCCCAUGUGGCGCUGCUCUAAGAUCAUGCAGCUGCAGCGCGAGAUACACCCCACCGUGCUUUCCUCGCUCGAGGGGAUUGUUGAUCAGAUGGUGUGGUUCCGCGAGAACUGGUACGAGGAGGUGCUGCGGCAGCUGCGCGCGGGGCUCGCCAAGUGCUACGUGGUGGCCUUCCACCACCGCUCGGCCGUGGCCGUCGCCACCGUCACGCCGCACACGCUCAACUUCAUCAAGAAGGUCGUCUCCACCUUCGGCAUCGGCAUCGGGAUAAAAAGUGUUUCAAGUACUGUAAGUGGUGCAUUCUCUUCAGCUGCAUCGGAGAGCCUCGCGCGGCGCGCUCAGGCCACGGUGCAGGACCCCGUCUUCCAGAAGAUGAAAACUCAAUUCACCGCCGACUUUGACUUCACGCAACCCAACGCUAUGAAAUUACAGAAUCUUAUACAGAAACUUAGGAAAUGGGUCAAGAUACUCGAGGCCAAAACUAAGGUUCUACCCAAGUCGUUCCUGAUCGAGGAGAAGUGCAGAUUCCUGUCGAACUUCAGCCUGAAGACGGCGGAGGUGGAGCUGCCGGGCGAGUUCCUGCUGCCGAAGCACACGCACUACCACGUGCGCAUCGCGCGCUUCAUGCCGCGCGUGGAGAUCGUGCAGAAGCACAACACGUCGGCGCGGCGGCUGUACGUGCGCGGCCACAACGGCAAAGUGUACCCGUACCUGGUGGUGAACGACUCGGGGCUGGGCGACGCGCGGCGCGAGGAGCGCGUGCUGCAGCUGCUGCGCAUGCUCAACCACUACCUCGCCAAGCAGAAGGAGACGUCGCGCCGCUUCCUGCACUUCACCGUGCCGCGCGUCGUCUCCGUCUCGCCGCAGAUGCGCCUCGUCGAGGACAACCCCAGCUCCAUAUCUCUGCUGGAUAUAUAUCGCACUGAAUGCGCCAAUAGAGGAGUUGAAUACGACGCGCCCGUGGCUCGCUACUACGAGAGACUCGCAGCGGUUCAAGCUCGAGGCUCACAAGCUACACACCAAGUGUUACGUGAUAUUUUGCGAGAGGUGCAGGCGACGAUGGUGCCGCGCGGGCUGGUGCGCGAGUGGGCGGCGCGCACGUUCGCCGCGCCCACCGACUACUGGACCUUCCGCAAGAUGCUCACGCUGCAGCUGGCGCUGGCCGCCUUCGCCGAGUACGUGCUGCACCUCACGCGCCUCAGCCCCGACAUGCUCUACGUGCACCACGACUCCGGCAUGCUCAACGUGGCAUACUUCAAGUUCGACGUCGACGACGCCACAGGCGAAUUGGAUGGCAAUAGACCAGUGCCGUUCAGACUUACGCCCAACAUAGCGGAGCUGCUCACCAAUAUCGGCAUCACGGGACCCCUCACGGCCUCCGCUAUCGCAGUCGCCCGCUGCCUCGUCACUCCCAACUUCAAGAUUCAAUCCAUCCUACGGACUAUACUGCGUGAUGAAAUGGUGACCGGGUAUAGGAAACGAUUGGAGGACAAGUCGGGGCUGCCCACCGCCGGCACGUCGGCCGAGAGCAAGCCCAUGGAGAUGGACAACGACACCAUCAUCAGCAUGGUGACCAAGGCGGUGACGGUCAUCAUGAACCGUCUGAACGCGCUCGCUCUGUUCGACGGGCCCGACAGCAAGGUGGCCACGCUGGUGGCCGCCGCCAACAGCCACGACAACCUCUGCCGCAUGGACCCCGCCUGGCACCCCUGGCUG